CAAGCCGACCCAUUAUUUUAACACUUACGUGACCGACCAUGCAUUAAUCUAUUGUGGCCGCCAAAUACCUGGUAGCCAGCCAUUUCUUAACAUCAUUUGAUUAUACACCCUGUUAUGAUAAGAUCGACCAAUCACUAAAGUGUUUAUGUUAGACUUGAAAGAGAUAAGUUUAAAAAUCUCAUCUUAAAUGGAAAGCAUGAAAGAUUGUCAGUAUUUAAUAUUUAAGUUGGUCUCAUAACCCAAUUAAGUAAGUGUUCCUCGGUAGAUCUCUCGUCUGCCAUUAGUUUUUCCUUCAUCAUCAGUUUUUUUUGGCUAAAAAGAGGAAAAAGGAAAAAUGCCUGCUAAGAUUCAUCCCAAAGUGCCCCGGCUAUUGGAAGAUGUUGUGAUUGAAGAGAAGUUUCGUAGUAAGUCUGUCACAGCAUUGACUGUGUGGAAGAGAUCGUUGGUGUUCAACUGCAAUGGUUUCAGUGUGUUUGAUUCCAUCGGGAACCUUGCCUUCAGAGUUGACAAUUAUGAUUCUGGAUAUAAGAGUGAGGUGGUUCUCAUGGAUGCUGCAGGAAAUUCUCUGCUCACAAUGAGAAGAAAGAGACUUAGCCUCUACAGUGAAUGGCAUGCUUUCUUAAAGGACAAAUCAGAUGGUCAAAAGCCCUUGUUUAUAGUCAGAGGGAGCUAUCUGCUUCCCACCAAAGCUUUAGCAGAAAUAUAUGUGGGUUCAAUGUCAAAGAAGAGGCACCCAGAUUACCAGAUUGAAGGGUCUUAUGGCAAUAGAUCCUGCACUGUGUACAACAGCUACAGGAACAUUGUUGCUGAGAUGAAAAGAAAGCAAGUAACCUCAGAUAUAACACUGGGAGGAGAUGUGUUCAGUGUUAUUGUGCAGCCUGGCUAUGAUCAAAGUUUUGUAAUGGGUUUGGUCAUCAUUCUUGAUCAGAUUGGCUCAACUGAGCGCCAUACAAACACCAAAAGCAUUACUAAGACUUACUCUCGUAGUCUUACCCUCGAAUUGCCAAAGUCUUUGAUGGGGAGGAGUCUUUCUAUAGGCACCUGAUACCAUUUAGAGGAUGUAUCAGAAGGCCAUGUUUUUUAAUGGGCCUAUCCUCCUGUUGUGUGAUAGGGUUAUCUUCCUUCUCUAUGUAAUGGGGAUGUCCUCCUGCUCUGCGCUUUUUUUGCGUUCCAGGCAAUUUGGAGAUAAGAGCCCUGAAAGUUUUUCUAGAUGAUGAAACCAUGUUAGUAGAAAAGCCAAUAUAUCAGACAAAUGGCAUUCAUUGGAAAUACUUGGUCACCAGGGUUUUGGUUGUCAAUACACAAACCUCAAAUUGGGUAACACAUUUGUAUCUUAUUGGUAUUCACAGAUUCUUGGUCAAUAAAGAUUUUGGGGUCCAUACACAAGCCAACAAUUGGCUAGCCCAUUUGUAUUAA